UUUCACAGACUCAACGUCGACACAAAAGAAAUUACUUUAGCUGUGUUCAAACGCAUCUGAUGUGCAAUAUCCGUUCACAGUUUGAAUGAGUAAUUCAGAUAAUGGAAUCAAGAGCGUCAAAAGAGCAAUCGAUUGAGCAAGCAUUAAGGAGACUUAAAUAUUUGCACACUUCGCUUGUGCCACAAGGAGCAUUUUCAAGACAACAUGGAUAUAAUAUUGGCGAACGCAUCUUAACAACUACAGGCUCGCGAUCUACCAGCGAGGAUGGAUUUAAGACAACAAAGUGGAAUUCUGAGAAACGGUGCUUUCUUUGUUUAGAACCAAAUACUUCGAAUCCAUUUAGAGAACAGACUAAAACUCGAAUUUUGAGGAGUAAACAAGACCAAAAAGCCUUACGGACUGGUCGUGCGCCAUUGCAGGCUUGUCGUGUCACUGGUUCGGCGUCAGUGACCGACGAACAGCUUGAUCCAACAAGGGUAAAUGAGAUCACCCUGAGAGAUGUUGAAGCAAGAGAAUGUAGACGUACUUCGAAGUCUGCGUCAAGUGGACUAGGCCUUAAUGAUCCAUACAAUUGGCUUGAUUGUUUUACAAACGGCUUUGACGAUAGCACGCAUAACAAGAAAGUAACCAAGGAAUACUUUACGAACAUGAGGAUCAAUCGUGUUACUUUCUCUGCUAGACCGAGUGGUCGUAAGGUCAAGUCAGCGCAUGAAAACAAAAUCGAAUUCCCGAAAAGUUGUUUCUUCAAUGGCUGGGGUGUGCGAUCUAAGAAAGUACAUUUACCAAAACGAAACAUGGUCGGCGAUUCUGAGAGACAUUCCGCAAAAGGAGCCAUAGAUGUUGCAGCUGGUUUAAAGACUCUUAGAUUAGAUCCUAAACGAGUACAACAAGGAUACCACGAGAGGACAAUUCCACAACCCCCACCAACACCCGUUCGACAAAUUGAUAUUAGACUACCUCAAGGGAGGGUGGUUGAGUUUCAAUUGCCCGAAGACGAAUAGCUGACCCGAGUAAGUGUUGUGGCUGAUUAAUACAUCAAUACCUUAAUGACCCUGCAAAGUUAGGCAAGGAACAGUAAUGAAGAGCUGUUUGUCAAAAAAGUUAGCAAGUUUGUAUAUGAUCUGUUUGAAUGAGUUAGGCAAGGAACGGUAAUGAGGAGCUGUUUGUCAAAAAAAUUCACAAGUUUGUAUAUGAUCUGUUUGAAUGAGGCUUGUGAUAAACAAGCUUCUUAUAGUCAUAGCUUCAAUAUGGAUACUUUUAACUCGACACAAACCAUCUCUCAAUUAACUUGGCUGAAAACGGAGCUAACUUAGAAUGAAAUGCAACAUUUAACCACUAUAUUCUUUGUCUUAGCUAAUUGCAAUUGCACAAUCUAUUAAUUGAAAUAUCUUGUACAAUUACUACUCGUAGAAGAUUGAGAUUAAUCAAUUGAUUUAUCUUAUUUAUUUCCAGAUUUAGUUCCAUAGAAGUAAUAGAAAAAUAAAUAUUACAAUUUAAGUACUAGGGAACAAAACAGUAGGACACGAAGUCCCCUACAAGGUCAAGUCUCCAGCCCAAUUGUAACCUUUAUCCUCAUCUAGGAAAUGGUACGUGUAAUAUACUUUCUCUUGGAAAGGGAUCAUAGAUUAACUUUGAUAGAUAGAAUAAAAAAACAUACGUUAAUUUUGAAAAAGGAACAUAAAGUUUCUCGAGGUUGAAUUAUUCUGCUCGGCCCUGAAGCUUGUUUGAGAGUAAGUUAUCGCAAAGUUUCCUAUGAGAGGCGUUUUACUAUACAUUUUGUUUCACUGCCCCUGUUUAGUACGACAUAGCGUGGGAAUAAUUUUUUUGCCACUUUCUGAACAACUGAAGAUAUGUUUUACUUUAGAGUUUCCGCGCAAAAAAUUCGCUGUUAGUUAAUUUGCUUUGAUCGCAGCUUGGAUCACAUAUCUCAGAAAAGGUGUAUAGUACAAUUCGAAAACGUGACAAUUUUAUGUCACCUUUCAGUCAAACAAUAAACUUCAUAGACCUACUAGA